AUGACGGAUACAGCUUCCAACGACACCCCGGCCGCCGAUCCGCCUCCCGGAGUCACCCCCAACUUUGUGAACCCGCCAUCGCUGCACUCGGUGAAUCUGGGCGUCAGCAUCGCCUGCUUGAUCCUCAUGAUCGUUGUGGUGGGUGUUCGGACAUAUACGAAAGCCGUUAUCCUUCGAGACAUGCGACAUGAAGACUCCUGGGGUCCCAUAUACACGUACCUCUCCUCUCUCGGGCUGAGUCGAGAUCUAUGGAAUAUCAGGGAGAUUGAUAUGCCUCCGUUACUGCGUCUGUGUAAUGACUUCCAGCUCUUAUACUCGCCCGCAAUGGGCCUUGCCAAGUACUUCAUCUGCGUCCAUCUCAAGAGGAUCUUCUGUCCCUCUAAUAGAGGAGCUGUGCACUGGGCGCUGGUGGCCCUGAUUACCAUCAAUGUCAUGUUUUACAUCACCACUUUCUUUGCGCAGAUGUUCCAGUGCAUCCCCCGCGAGAAAAUCUGGAGGCCCGACCUUCCAGGCUCAUGCAUGAAAUCGUUCGUUGGGAUAUUGGCGAUUGGCGUUGCUAACCUUGUUCUUGACCUGGGUAUCUUGCUUGUUCCCAUUUGGGCCAUCUGGAAGCUUCAAAUACCCGUGAAGCGCAAGCUAGAAGCCUACGCGGUGUUUUCGCUGGGCAUCCUCACGUGCAUCAUAGCGGCAGUAAGCAUUGCGUUCCGCGUACCAAAAGACGACAACGCAAAUGCCGUCCUGCACAUGGCCAAGGUCGGUCUUUGGUCGUGA